UCUAAACCUGCGCACUUGCAGCCUCGGCCAGCCUCGGCAUGAGGACAGUCAAUCUAACGUGCGCCCUUAGGAAACGCAAACCGCUGCGUAGAUCAUGAAAGGGGCGCGCGCACACCUUUACCCCCUACUAUCCUGACCUGUUCUUCGCAUGGGUCAACACGCGAGCCACCGAGAGGUGCGAUUAUAUCGCAAAUGCACCUGCUCUUUCUCCCUUUCCCUCCGUUUCUUCUCUCUUUCGUGUCGUUAUUCGGGAUGUGGAAGUCUAUGAUUAAUCGUACGAGCCCGAAACGUCGCUCCUCCACGAAGUGCGAAGAAAUAUGAAAUUUGGAGAACGUUCGCUCUCAGAUUCGUUCCGGAGGUUCCUCGAUCGGAUGGAAAUAUGACGUUCCUUCCCCGGAUUAUGCUCCGAGGAGGGUGUUCCGCGUUGUGCGACGCACAGUGAAAGGGUUGCUGGCGCGCGACGCCUCCACGCAUCCCGAGUCGGAUGCUGUAAACUCGAUACACCUUCGUUGUAUUGUUCUCUGAGCGACAAAAUUAAAAUUUUUUAAAAUAAGUAUCGUACAAAUUUACGGUGUUUAUGAAUACGAUGAGGGACGGCUGAGGAUGCAUCGGUAAAUCUCGUGUUAGGCAGUAUGUGAAUUUGGCGCAAUUCAAGAACAGCUUGGCGGAUCAAGGUGUCACAAUUCAGAGUGGAUAUGGUAACUAUGAACUCCGAAAAGUCGGCUUGCCGCCGAAAACCACUAGAGAAAAGUAGCAGCAGUAGUAGCAGCAAGAAGGUACCCGAGCAUGUCGAUGAUGUAGAUAAAAAGAAUGAGGACGGUAAUGAUUCUCCGGAUUUGUCUCCCAAUACUCCUACGUACAACGUCACUGCCUCUUGCGCCGAAGAUACCCCCAAUUACCUCGUCUACAAAAAGAUGGAGUCGAUCGUGGAAAAGAUGUUGGACGAAUUUACCGGUGUGCCCGUAAAAACGGUCAAAACUUUAAUGACGAAGACACCGUCUGUUUUUACAGGUACAGAUCUUAUAGCGUGGAUGAUGAAGAGCAUGGAAAUAGAUGAUCAAGCGUAUAAUAUGUGUGUUAAUCAAGAGGCUCUUCACGUGGCUCAUCUCAUGGCAUCCCAUGGAUAUUUUUUUCCUAUCGACGACCACUGCCUUACCGUAAAGAAUGACAACACAUUCUACAGGUUUCAAACACCGUAUUUUUGGCCAUCGAAUUGUUGGGAACCUGAAAACACCGAUUAUGCUGUCUAUUUAUGCAAAAGGACGAUGCAGAAUAAAACGCGAUUGGAAUUGGCGGAUUAUGAGGCGGAAAAUCUGGCUAGAUUACAAAAGAUGUUUUCGCGAAAGUGGGAAUUUAUUUUUAUGCAGGCAGAAGCGCAAAGUAAAGUCGACAAGAAAAGAGAUAAAUUAGAAAGAAAAGUCCUGGAUAGUCAGGAAAGAGCCUUCUGGGAUGUACAUCGGCCAAUGCCCGGAUGCGUAAAUACUACGGAGCUGGACAUUAAGAAGGCUUGUCGUAGUUACAAAUCUGUCACACAACCAAGUAAGCAUUUGCAACUGGGCGUCGCAGGUGGCAGAAUAUCGCCGUCUGCAGAAUCGAGUGCGACCACAUCGAUAGAAUUUUUGCAGAAGGAGAUCGAGACUCUGAAAGACAGACUGGACAAGCCCGUCAUCAAGGUCUCGAAAGUAGCCGAAGCUUUGAUCGGAUACUUUGAACAAUACACGGAGUACGAUCCCUUUUUCAUCCAACCCGAGCUCACAAAUCCAUGGAUAUCCGAUAGCCCGGAAAUGUGGGAGCAGGAGAAAUUAGCGAAAGAAAUUCCUACAAGAAGAGUAAAGAGGUGGGCGUUCAGUCUUCAGGAACUCCUACAAGAUCCCGUUGGUAGAGAACAAUUUAUACGCUUUUUAGACAAAGAAUUUAGCGGUGAAAAUCUCAAAUUUUGGGAAACCGUUCAGGAAUUGAAAACUUUACCGCAGAAAGACGUCCAGACGAAAGUCGAAGAGAUAUGGCGUGAAUUUUUGGACACGGAUGCCAGUUGUCCCAUCAAUGUCGAUUCUCGAUCUUACGGAGUUACCAAGAAAAGUCUCGAGAAGCCAGACCGAUGGUGUUUCGACGUUGCUGCGGCGCAUGUAUAUCAUCUAAUGAAAAGUGAUAGUUACUCGAGAUAUUUACGCUCGGAGAUGUAUAAGGAUUUUCUUAAUGGAUCCAAAAAAAAGACUUCUGUGAAAGGUAUUCGCUCUAUCGUUUCCUUUACAGGACGAAGAGAUACAACAACUUCGUAACCUGCCACUUUCUAACACUUGUUAUAAUCUUACAUAUUCUACUUGCUACUUGCUUUUUUUUGUUUCCAUUAAAAACUGCACAAAACUGACAAGAGAAAUAUUUGCGUUUUAAAAGAAAAUUUUUCCUAUCUAGUUUCGUCUUACACAUUGUCGACACAUAUCUGUAAUUAAACAUUUUAUAUAUCGGUAAUUAUACACGAUAACGAAACUUUCUUAAAAUCUUAUCGAGAAAUUGUGCGCUCUUCAAAUCCAUUAUAACAAAAGAUUGAUUACAAAUCAAUUCUUGCAUUCGUCCAGUAAUUCAAAUUUAUUAUUUAUGAUAUUUAUUUGACUAUAAAUUCUUGUAAAUUUUAAAGUGUACACUUUUUUAUUUAGUUCAUUUUUAUUUAGUUCUGUCAAAAUAUUUAAUGUUAUAAACUCAAAAAUUUUGAAAAGGAUAACCUGUUAUUCAGUUUUUGUUAAGACAAAAUUAUAUAUAUCAAGUUUUAAAAAUUUUAAACCGUAAAAUAUAUUCGUAUCGUAUUUUCAUUACAUAUUCACGUAGAGUCGCACGCUUAUUUUGUUAGGAAACACAUUUAAUACUGCGGUAUACUUUUGAAUAAUCUAAAUAAGUAGAAACAAUGCGUGUAAAUAACGCGUUUUCUUAAUCUGCGAAAUGCAUUAGGGAUAUGAAAUUAAUUAUAAUAGCGAACUGAGGAAUUAGAGGAAUGUUAGAAUAAUACAAAUCGUAUGACGUAAAUUAAUUGUACAAGCGAUACAGGAUUAUGUAUCUUCAACAACUGAAGCAAAAGAAUUGAGCAAAAGACACGCACAGAUAUGUACAGAAAUAUAUUUUGCAUAUAGCUUUACGUAAAUAAUCUCAACAUUGCCCAAGUUUUAAAGAUUACGAAAGAUGUUAUUCCAUAGAUUUUUCUUUUCCGUUAUAUUCGCAUUCGACAUACACAAAACUUAUGUCAGAAAACUCGCAGGAUUAAGUUAAAAACUUAAAGCUACAAUAAAAUAUAUCAGAU